GUCAUUGGAAAACUGCAGAAGCCACCAUAAGAAUAAUUGAUGACAUUGCCAUUGGGAAAUUAAUCUACUGAGCUAAAAAUCUAAUGGAAAACAAAUUUAAGGCCAUUAUCCCCUCCCACCCUUUUUUUGGUAUUGGGGACUGAACUCAGGACCUUGUUCUUGCAAGGCAGGUGGUGAAACUACUGAGCUUAAAUCUCUGGCCCCAUUAGCCCCCCCCUUUUUUUUUAAUCCUCUAGUUUUAAAUCCUCUAAUAAAACUAACUUAUGUGGCAAAAUUCUUGUAUCUCCAUUAUUGAUGAAAUAGGAGCAGAAGCCUAGGGAGAAUGUGAAAUUCCUUGUGAAAUAUGAUUUUGCUGAUUUAAAUGUGUGCUCUUUUAAAAUCUGGAAUCAUUGUUUCCAGUUGAAACGGCUCUGAAGAGACUUGCCUUUUACCAACUUGUCCUGCCAUCUGUGCCACAUUUUGCACUGGUGCCUUUAGAUCUAGGCCUGCUCUGAAGUCUGGAUUUGGAAGCCCCAUCUCACACGUAGUGCCCUUGUGGCCAUGCUCUUUUCACAUAGCUGAAACUCACAAAGAGGGUGUCAGGGAGCUGAUGUGCCUUUGUUGUCCCAACUUUGGGAGCCAGUGGGCCUUUUGCUUUGGAUGAGCCCUGCUUUAUAAUAGGGCUCCCUGGCAUUACCUGUGGUUCCUGUUGGGCUCUCUGUGCCUGUACUUGUCCUAUAGAUUGUUUUAUAUUCAUACUUGUCCUGGCAAUUUAUGUAGCCUAUCAUUGUCUUCUAUAAUUUCAACUUCAUUAAUAAAAAGAACAACUCACAUUGGAGGAGAAAAUUGACUGUUUAUGAUUUUGGGGGUGGAUUCUUACACUACAUUUAUGUUCUUCAUGUGGAAUUCUCUUAUUUCUCUGGUUCUAAAUGUGACCAGUUAACUCCGUAGCAACAGAUUUACACAGUAACUUCACAGAGGAACAAUCUUGAACUCAGGGCAGCUGUCAAGAUGUCUCAGUUGAGAUGGGAAUUCAAAACUGAUAAUGCCCCAUGCUCAAACACACUUAGCAGGGGAGAUCAAAUUGGGUCAAGACAAAUGUCUCCUGAGGACUUAGAAGAGAGCCCUCAACCUGAAAAGCUAUCUAUCCCAGGUGAAUUCCAGGACAAGGGGACUCCUAGUUCCCCACCAUCCAUCAUCCUUAGCCAUAUUCCUGACACUCCACCGAGUACUCAACUGUUUACUGGGUUGCAUCUGGCUGAGAUGGAGAAAAUAUUUGAGGAGGGAAUUGGCUCCAGUAGAGCCAUGAACCUGGAAACUUUCAUCAGGAGCAUGAAGAAGGUUCUGAGCGAUGUAUCCAAUGAGAUGCUGGAGACACUGUUUUUCAAGGUGGAUUCGGAUGGUAAUGGCUUCAUCACCUGGCCAAAGUAUAUGGACUACGUGAUGCAUGAGUUCCAGGGCCUGGAAGAGAUGAGGAGGAGCCAGUAUCGCCUGCGCUUCCACCUUCCUAUGCAGAUCAUCCCCCUACGGCGUGGGUGUGAGAUUGUGAAAGUAGAGUUUUUAAUCCAGCGGUUCAAGAAGAUCGGGCGUUUCCUGACUGUCACCAGGGAUGGGGUCCUGCAGUUCUGGUCUGAGUCCUUCUUGCCGAUUAGCUCCUUUAGGCUCAGGAAACUCCACAACCAGCAGAUGUGGGUCAUUGACCUGGUGUGCUUACACAACAUGAACCUCAUUGCAGUUUCAUCUACUGAACUGAAGAUAGAGUUCUUUGAUAUCAGUAACUAUAAGUGUGUCCGGGCCUUCACCUUUACUGAACUGGACAGCUGCAUCCUGGUCAUGGACUACUGGUCUGAUUAUCACAAAGGUGUGUUCUGCCUUGGGGACACCAAGGGCAAUGUCAUUAUCUUCACCUCCGACAAUGUGGCCAGUGGGCUGUUCAACCCUCACAUCCUUCCCAGGAUCUCCAAAUGGGAUCACUGGGUCAGCGUUUCCAUGCAGAAACUCUUAAAUGAGAAGUCCAUUUUGUACAGAAGUUACUGCCUGCCGGCUCUCCAUACCAACUGGUGUCAACAGGUCAAGUUUGUCCCCCAGCUAAACAUGGUGGUCUCCUGUUCGGCUGUGGAGAAAUCCUCCAUGGUGCUGACAAUGCUGCCAUCCAAAGACCUGGAGAAACCCAAGUUUUCAGUGCUGAAUUUAAGAAAAGGAAUUCUUUGCUUUGACUACUGCCCAGACAAGAACUUCCUGGCAACCGGUGGGUAUGACUCCCACAUCCGCCUGUGGAAUCCUUUCAUCUCAAAAAGGCCUGUGUGGCUGAUGAAGGGGCAUCAGACCUCAGUGACACACAUCAUCGUGGACAGCAAGAACAGCAGCAUCCUCAUCAGUAUCUCCAGGGACAAGAACAUCUGUGUGUGGGACCUGCAGGAUUACGUGUGCCUCCAGACCUUCUCUGGGAAGCAGUUUGCCCUGGGAAACUACCCCAUCACCAGUGCCUAUUUCAACACCAAAGGCAAUACCCUCAUCUGUAGCACCUACUCUAUUGGCAUCCUAAAAGGGUACUUGGAGGCUCAUGGGCCGACGAAAUUAGGGAAGACCACAACUCACAAUUCAGCCCUGUGUGCUGUCCUCUACAGCAAGAUCUUCAAGCAGGUGCUGAGUGGCUGCCAGCAGGGCACAGUGAGUGUGUGGGAGAUCGUGACAGGGAGAAAAAUGAUGGAGUUCUCAGUGUCCGGUGCCCAGCUCGUGGAGCUCACUGCAAUGGCCCUGGACACGUACGAGCGGUGCCUCCUGACGGGCUUGCUGGAUGGCACAAUGAAGAUGUGGAACUACAACACUGGAGAGUGUCUGCUAACUUUCCCCAACCCUGACCAAGUGGAGAUUAGUGGCAUUGUCCAUAUGAACAAAGUGUACUACAUGACAGGAUGGAGUAAGAGGAUCACCAGUUUCAUGUUCCACAAGACCAAGCCAGUGCUCUUGUGCCAUCACUGGCAGACCUUCCACAUGGAAGAUGUGCUCUGCAUGGCUAAGUACCAGAACCAGUUCCUUGGGACUUCCUCCUACAAUGGGGACAUCCUCUUCUGGAACGUCAACAUGUUGAAGCCCAUCUUGAAUUUCAAUGCCUCCGUGAGCCCCUUACCCUUGCAGCCUGUGAAGGUGGAAGAAGCAGAGGUAUGUGUGGAUAGCAGCCAAGGGCUUAGCAAAACCUGCGUGGAGAAGAUGUGGGCACAUAAGGCCUCCGAGCGGCUCCCUUGCCCUGGCAGGAGGACCAGCCACAGACGGACCCUCAUGUCAGCUCCUGUGGGGAUGAAACACUCAGGCUCCAAGGAACCAGAAAGGCCUCUGUCCCAGCAGAUAUGUUUCAGCACUGGGAGAUCCAAGUCGUCAAACAGGUACCUUGACAAAGGGUCAUUUUACAAAGAGACUGAAAUGAGAAGAAAGGAACCCCAGAAGAAAAUGUUGCUGCAAUCCAAUGCAUCAGUGGAGAAGAUCAUUUUCCUGCAGACCAGGCCUCGCCUGCCACAUACGGCGGCCAUGCUGAGCAGCUGCAUCAAUGGCUACAUCUAUGCUUGCUCCAUCCAUGGGAAUGGAGGUCUGCUAGGGAAGUUCCCCGUGGACCUUGAAGAUAAUGGGGAUGUUGUGGGUGCCAUGGCCACUGAUGAAAACGACUGGAUCCUUAUCACAGGAGAUUGUAAAGGACGCAUCAAGAUAUGGGACAUCAAGGAUUACUGCACAUUUGUUGGCCAUCGGCUACCCCAAUCUAGUGGGGUGAAGAUUCCCACUGAAACAGAGAACAAGUUCCGGUUCUUAAUUCCUGAUCGGCUCCAGACCAGUAUUCCAUACUACAUUCCUCUGCAGGAGAAGGAGGUUGUGAAAGGCCAGACCAUUUCCCUGGUUCCCCCCAAGCUUCUGAUUACCUGGAAAGGCCAUCUGGAGAGUGUGGCAGAUAUCCUAUAUGUGGAGAGCUUGCAGCUGAUUAUCAGUGCUGGCCAGGACUGGGACGUCAAGGCUUGGAAACUCUCUGGUGAUGCCAUUGGUAUGGGUCCCGCUGAGGAAUUCCCCAACCCCUAGGCUUUCUUCUACCUGUCUCUGAUGGAACACAAGCUGGCAUGAACCUGCCCACAGAAAAUGCCUUUGCUCAGAUGCUAUUACAGGGUGUGAAUCCUCCAUUCCUCCAUUCAGCAUUCAGUUCAGUAUCUAUUAGCCAUUGAUCUACACAUUUAUCCACCCUUCCAACAUUAUUUGCCUUUGAAUUUUUGAAAAUAGUAUACCUGAUUAGUUGUUCCUUUCUCUCUUUAAAAAUAAAUGUUAGUGCUUUAUCAUACAUAAAAGCACACAAGCCAAAAGGGUUCAACUUUGUGAAUUUUCAGAAAGUAUACAUGUAUAUCCACAGAGCCACCAUCCAUGUCAAGAAACAAAAAUCAUUCUAGGGGCUCCCCUUAUCCCCUCCCCUGACUGUCACUGUAAAUAUUUCUGCAGGAGUAACUGCCAUCCUGAUUUCUGUAUUCAUAGAUCAAGAAGGUAUAGUUUUGAACCUUGUAUAAAUGAAGUCAUUUGAUAGGUUCUCCUUGUGCCAGUUUUCUUUCUCACAUCAUUUAUUAUGCUUGUGAAAUUCAUCCAUGUAUUGAGUGUAGUAGCUCAUUCAUUUUUGUUGAAUGAAUGUCAUUAUCUGUACUGUUGUUAGUGGGCAUGGCGAUUGUUUCCAGCUGUUUUGAAUACUGAAAAAUAAUGCUGUUAUGAAUAUUCUUAUAUGUAUAUAUAUAUAUAGAUGA